AAAGUUGGGUUCAGUCGAAGGAAAGAAGUCGGCAGGAAAAGUGAUUUUCAGCUGAAAAUUGCUUGCAAAUUAUCAUCCUAAGUGGUGGUCCUCUCUCUCGCGGUAAUAUUGCAUCAAUUUACCCUCAAAGUAUUGUGGAAAAGUGUUCUAUUGGGUGUGAAAAUCCAUGCGGGAGAUACAGUAGGCGAGUGAAAAAAAAAAUUCAAGUGAAAAACGGUGUGUGCAGGGAGAAAUGGCAGAAAAUGACAAGUUCAAGUUUUUCGAAGGCGUGGAAAAAACCAAUGUGGGAUGCUCUUCUAAAGUCUGUUCGCUGUGAAAUCAUCAGCUUCAGUCGCAAUGAUCAAAUUGAUGCUUAUGUUCUAAGUGAGAGCAGCAUGUUUGUGUCGCGUCGCAGGUGGAUCCUGAAGACGUGUGGUACAACGACACCGUUGCAAUGCCUUGAGCCUCUCCUGGAGAUGGCUGAGAAGAUAGCUGGCUAUACGGAUGUCGAGGAAUUGUUCUACUCGCGCAAGAACUACAAGCGUCCGGAAUUGCAGGUGUCUCCGCAUCGGGCAUUUGAUGAAGAAGUGGCUCUCCUGGACAGUUUCUUUGACGAUGGACGAGCCUACUGCCUUGGCUCGGUGAAUCGUGACUGUUGGUUCCUGUACACGCUGAGCCGCGGGGGAGAGGCUCUCCAGCGCCACUUUGGCACUCUGAUCCAGCAGCGUCCUGUGGCGCCAAUUGCACCACCAGAUCCGGAUCAGACCAUUGAGAUUCUCAUGACGGAGAUGGAUCCGCAGGUGAUGGCAAUUUUCUCCAAGGAGGAUUCGAUGAAUGCCAAAGAAGCCACUGAAAAAUCUGGCAUUCAGAACAUUCUUCCGGGAAUGAAAAUUGAUGACUAUUUGUUUGCGCCAUGUGGCUAUUCCAUGAAUGGAAUUUCCAAGAAUGGAUACUACAUGACCAUCCACAUUACCCCGGAAACUGAAUUUUCGUACGUGAGCUUCGAGAGCAAUGUGGCAGCCACUAACUAUGGGGAUCUGAUUGCCCGGGUCAUUGAGACUUUUCAGCCGGGUAAGUUUAUUGUGACGCUGUUUGCCAACAAGAGUAGUCCAGCGUAUGCUGCAUCGCGCGAGCUGGAGCGUGCUGAGGAGAUUGGCGAGUGGCAGCGUCGGGAUAUUCAGUACUGUCGCUUCCAGAGCUACGAUUUGACGUAUGCUCAGUAUUGCAAAUUCCCAAGCUGAGGGUUACAGUGGGUGGCCCCUUAUGGGGCUGAAUUGCUUCCUGUCCAUCAUUUCUCCCUGUGUUGUUUUCCCAAUCAUCUCACCACUGUGGCAUUUCCCCCGGAUGACUUCUUGCUGGAGGAGUCCAGGGGACGUGCCACGGAGAAAAUUCUCCUAUCUCGCAUCCCAAAUACUACUACUACGACACCAAGACAUUCACGCAAUCAUGAUUUAAUUAAUCAUGAAUCACAUGCAACAAGAUUUACGGAAUUUGCUCAAUUCUUUGACAUUCCCAUCAUCCUUGGCAUGGUACUCAUUCAAUUGAUCUCCAUUGCUGUGGUAUUCAAUGCUGAAGAGUACUCACCAUUGCUUCUGUUCUCGUGGUGGCGCAAUAAGAUAUCUUGAGAUUCAGCAAGACGUGGUGCAUCGUUCACCAUUGCAUGUGUGAACAAUUGACAUAGAUUUUUCACCAAUUUGGUUGAUUUUUGCACCAUUUGCCAAUUAACACCUGAUGAGAUUUCUUCCAAGAACCACUCAAUCUUGAGUAUAUUCUGGCCAUGUGCAUCAAUGUGGAUUUUAUGACGGCGCCAACAACACAUGGAGAUGAUGUUUUUUGAUGGGAUUAGAUGAUUUCUACUCUUUUCUUUUUCUACAUGCUUACCUACCUGAUAUAUUUUUUAAAACAAUUAAAAUUAUAUAUAUGGGAUAUUUAAUGGAUGUUCUGCAAAAAAAAGUCGCCCCAUCGAAUAAUUUACCAAAAAAAAAACAAAAUUAUUUUUCUUUUACAAAAUGGACUAUGAAAAAAAUCUUUUAUACGAUGAAUUGGAAGAGGAUUCUUGAGAAGUUUAAUUAUGUAUUAAAAAAAAAUAAUUGACAAAAAAUUGUUGUAUAUUUGUUAUUGCUUGAGGUAAGUCAUGAGCGUCGUGAGCCACGCAGAAUUGAUUUUGUUUAGUAAAUAUUUCUUUGAAAUUUCAGCAAGAGUGAAAUAUUGUUCUAGUCAUCUCGCUCGCUCUUGCGUACGUAAAUUUCGAAAAUAUUUUCGAAACUGCCUAUGGGAGUGAGCGGGAUGACUAGAACUACACAGAAAAAAAAUAUUUUGUAAAACUGUUCGUAAAUUUUUGUGAAUUCCUAUGGAGGACUUACGAAAUGCUAGUAAAUCGUAUAACCCACAAACAAGUUCGUAAAAGUUUGUACUUUUUUCAUAAACAUUGUUCGUAAAAUUAUCAUUUGACGAGCAUUUUUUGUACUUUUACAAACAUUUGUUCGUAAAUGUUCGUAAACAAAUAAAAAAUGUUCGUACAAUUUUGUAAUUUGUUCGUAAAUGUUCGUAAAGUGUUCGUAGGGUAAACAAAAAUUUACGAACAUUUUUUGUGUGUUUACGAAAAUUUACGAACAAAUGUUUGUAAAAGUACAAACUUUUACGAACUUGUUUGUGGUUUAUAUGAUUUACGAGCAUUUCGUAAGUCCCCCAUAGGAAUUUACGAACAUUUUUACAAAAUAUUUUUUCUGUGUAGAUUUCGCUCACACUCUCUCGAAAAUGAGUUUUUGACAGUUCACUUAGAGUGAAUGACAUUUAGACCUAGUUAGUCUCACUCAUUCUCAAACUCAUUUUCGAAAAUAUGUCUACAAAAUGAAAUUGCCAUUCAAACUUCAGUGGAAAUGGUCCGGACGGAGCUUCCCUCCGAAAAUUUCCACUACAAAAUGAAAGUUAUACAAAAAAUUACCUUUUAUUUUGGAAAGAAGCCUUUGAAGUUUCUUAGAGCAAGAGAGAUGACUAAAACAUUUCGCUCACUCUCAUUGAAAUAUCAAACACGCAGUGAUAUUUUUAGUUCUAGUAGUCUCACUCACUCUCAAAUGCAUUUUCGAAAAUAUGUUUACAAAAAUUACCUUUUAUUUUGUAAACAGGUCUUAAAAAUUCCGAAGAGAGUGAGCAAGAUGACUAGAACACUGUUCCACUCACAGAAGUCCAAAUGUCAAACAUGCAUUUGCAAAACAAAAUUUAUAGUGUUUUGAAAAUAUGUUUUUGACAUUUAUAAGUUUUGAAAAUAUAUGUUUAUGCCUCCGGUACACCUUUUAGAUCGAUAAAAUGUCAUGAAAUCCAAAUUCACGUCACUUUCUUUCUCAAAAGAUUUGGAUAUGUCUAUCUCACUUUUUCGAACUCGAAAUUGGACUGGACUAAAUUUAAUUUGGUGUGAUGUCCAAAAGAAGAAGAAGAAGACUGCGAAAGAGCAGGAUAGACAUAUGUAAAACUUUGAAGAAAGAAAGCGAUGUGAAUUUCGACUUUAUAAGAUUUUCCUGAUCUAAAAGGUGUGCCGGAUUCAUUACAGCAUGAAAGUUAUAAGGAAAAAUACUUUCCAUUUUGUAAACAUGUUUUCGAAAUCCCGUAGAGAGAUGACUGAUGACGUGAUUACAACAGUAUUCCGUUCAUAUACUCUUCCUGAAAUGUCAAACAAAUUAAAAAAGCAAUUCCGGGUUGCGAAAAAAAUUUAAAAAUUAAAAUUUUAAAGUAUGAAACAGGAAAUAUUCUUAAUGAAAAGUUAAAGUGAUUAUGACUUCUUGGACAGUAAUUCUAUUUAAUUUUUAGAUAGAAAAAAUGAAUCUAAAUUCGGCCUCAGAAAACAAUGCGAAGACUUUUUGUUUAGUGGAAUUACAGUAGGCUCUCGCUCAAUCGGCACUUUUUCAAUCGGGCGAAAAAUUUUAUUGGCAAUUUUCACGUUUAAUUAUGAAGCAAAUUUGCUAAAAUUCGCUGUAGUUCCUCAUAUUUUUUAUCUCUAAAUUACUGAUAGACCUUUUCCUUGCAUGAAAAGUAAUGAAGAUUAUUCAGAUUUUGGAUUUAAAGUUGUAGUACGAAAUUUGACAGAUUAAAUUCAAUCCUGGUUAUAGGAUAAAAUGGGACAAUUUGGAAUCGUUUCCAAAUUGAAAUAUUUGAGAUUUCACUCUUGCACAUCGAAAAUAAUGAGGAAACCUCAAAAUUCCAUAUUGAAAAUGGUUUCAAAAUACCCCAUUUUACCCUAAACGAAUUUGAAAUCUAAAUUCAAAUUGACAUUCAAUAAAUUGGUUCACGUUUACACUAAGUUGGUUACAUGUUGUGACCAAUAUCAAUUACUUUUUUAAAUGAGGCAACAAACUUUUGACGAAUUAAAAAUGAUCAACUUUUGGAAAACAAUUUUUUUAAUAUGAAAUAAAAUUAAUUAAUUUUUUGAAAAAUAUAAAUGACAUUUUACGGAUUACAGAGAACUCAUUUGCAAAAAGAAAAUUUUGAAAAAUAAUUUUUUUCUAUCAUUUUUUUUUCACUGGUUUUGUCAAACAUAGGUACAUUAGGCAACAAAGUAUUGACACUCACUGUAUAACAUUCCACUGUGCAAUACUAUCCCUGGCUAAUUCUACCUAGGUAUCCUCUAUAGCAUAUUGCUUAAUGUUUUCGAAAAUUCGUCGUUCGAAUUGACAGUUCUCGUAUUUGCAUAUUGUUUUUCGAGAAUUAAUUCCAUUUGGAUUUCGAAAUCGAAAACAUUUUGAAUUCGAAAAUAGAAUACAGUAGACUCUCUCAAAUUCGGUCAUUUGGGACUGAAAUGUCACCCGAAUUAGAGAGAAAUUCGGGCAACAUACUUUUUGAAAAGCAACGAUUUUUUAUCCAUCUGCAUAUUCACAUUGAGUUUACAUACUCAUAUUUAUUGUAAAUUUUAUGAGAAUCCAUUAAUGAUGCAAAACCACGUCAAAACUAAGGCAAACCAUGGCAAAUUUAAGGAUAUUUUCUUUCGAUAAUCAUACACUCAAACUUGAAAAAUGUCAACAAACUUUUUUCGAAUUUAACUGCUGCCUGAAAUAAAAAGUAGCCCGGUCUUAACCCUUUAAGGACGAGAAAGUCAAAAAUCGAGGGUCAGAAAAAAUCAUUUUUUCCAACUUUUUAGAGCAAAAUACAGCUUUAGAAAGCCGUAGGAAAAUUUUCAUUUUUGGGUCACGGGUGACCCAAUCGUCCUUAAAGGGUUAAAAGAGCCGAAUUAGUGAGAGUCUACUGUAAAUAGAGAUAUGAUUAGGGACAUCGGGGCAGAAUUAGCUAGCAAAUGAUUGUUUUCAAUGAAUAGAGGGAGUUCUUUCCAAGAAAACUAUAAUAGUCCACUGUCUAAUUCUACCCCUGAUUGAUUCUAGCCCGGUGUACCAUGCUGUUAAUUUUUUUCAAGGAGGCGUGGCCUAAUUUUUUGAGCAGUUUUCAAAAUCUUUGUUUCUCGAUUUACAUACUUUUUUAUUUUUAAAUGACUAAAAUGGAUUUACUGUUCAAAUGUCUAAUGUCUGUUAAAAUUGUAGCUUGUGAAAAAAAAAGUUUAAAAAUGUCAAAGUGACAUUAAAAGAAAUAAUUUGAGUUAAAAUUGCAUACUAAAACGAUAAAUCUGCUGUUUUUGGAGACAUUUCUCUGUUAAUUAAAAGAAAAAAAAAGAUGGGGCGAAGAGCUUUGACAGAUCUGUCAAACUUAUGCAGAAUUGCGCAAUGACGAAUUGGAGAAGAGGAAGAAGAAAUUGUGAAGAAUAAAAAAAAAAGAUGUUGCAUGUGAUUUCUGAUAGAGAAAAAAAUAGAAAUGUAGAAUUGAAUAAAAGAAAAAAAAUAUAUAUGUAUAAUUGGAGAAAUUGUGACAGGAAGCAUAGCAAGAAGAAGAAGAAAAAAAUAUGAUAAAAGAAUUUUGAAGUUGAUAAGAAAUAUUUGAGACAUUUUAAAAGAAAAUUAAUUCCAUGGUGAAAAAAAAAUUGGUUGACGCAAUUUCUUUGGAGAUUUAUGAUUAAAAAUAAUGAAAUUAUUAAAAAUAUUCUAUUGACACUUGAGAAUUUAAGAAUAAAAAAAAACAAGUCUUAGAGAUUUAUAAGAUGCAAGAAAAAAUGAAAUCAAUGUAUUUGAUGAAUUAAAUGUGUACCUUGUAGAAUUAACAAAAAAAAAGCAGGAUAAUCUUGAGAAAAUCUUUCCGGGAGACAAAUCUAUCUUAAACAUAAAUUAAAAAAAUAAAUAAAAAUGCAAAGUUAAUGGAAUUAGUUUUCUUCACAUUGUAGAAUUCAAUGAGUAUUUAAGAAAGAAAAAAAAAGUCUUACUCUUUAAUGGAAUUUAGAAACAAACAAUUUAAUGAAAUGAAUUUUUGCUGACAGAGGAAAUCUUUAUGAAAUAAAAUUCAAAUUCUUAUCACAAAAAA